AUGGCGUCGAAAAGUAAAAGAGGAAAAAGUAAAGAAAUCAUGGAAGAUGAUAUUAAUAAAUUUAUAUCUACACUCAAAGUUAGGCCAGGUAAGGAUGGAAGCAAAGUGACUACAGUAGUUGCGACGCCAGGCCAAGGACCAGACAGACCUCAGGAGGUAUCAUACACUGACACCAAAGUUAUCGGCAAUGGCAGCUUCGGUGUGGUCUAUCAGGCUAAAUUGUGCGAAACUUCAGAAUUGGUAGCGAUUAAGAAAGUACUGCAGGACAAACGAUUUAAGAAUCGGGAGUUACAAAUCAUGCGGAAAUUAGAACAUUGUAAUAUAGUGAAACUUAAAUAUUUCUUUUACUCUAGUGGAGAUAAGAAAGACGAGGUGUACCUGAAUUUGGUUUUGGAAUACAUCCCUGAGACGGUAUAUAAAGUCGCACGACACUACAGCAAAUCGAAGCAAACUAUACCAAUUAGCUUCAUCAAGUUAUACAUGUACCAGUUGUUUCGGUCACUAGCAUACAUUCACUCUUUAGGGAUAUGCCAUAGGGACAUAAAACCGCAAAACUUGUUGUUAGAUCCAGAGACUGGAGUUUUAAAAUUAUGUGAUUUUGGAAGUGCAAAACAUCUCGUCAAAGGCGAACCGAACGUUUCAUACAUUUGCAGUCGAUAUUACAGAGCACCAGAGUUAAUAUUCGGAGCGAUCGAUUACACGACAAAAAUCGACGUAUGGAGCGCUGGAUGCGUUUUGGCCGAACUCCUUCUUGGUCAGCCGAUAUUCCCCGGAGAUUCGGGCGUAGACCAAUUGGUAGAAAUUAUUAAGGUGUUGGGCACACCUACCAAAGAGCAGAUUAAAGAGAUGAAUCCCAACUACACGGAAUUCAAGUUUCCUCAAAUCAAGUCACAUCCUUGGCAACAGUUUAUGUUGACGAGAAUGUCGAUGCCGUUUGACAGCACAAAUCAACAAAAAAUACGUGUAUUUAGAGCACGAACUCCACCAGAAGCCAUUGAGCUGGUAUCAAAGCUGCUAGAAUACACACCCUCAUCACGAAUUACUCCUCUUCAGGCUUGUGCGCAUAAUUUCUUCAACGAAUUGAGAGAACCAAAUACUCGCCUGCCUAAUGGAAAUGAGCUACCCCCUUUGUUUAAUUUUACUGAACACGAAUUAAAUAUCCAACCAUCACUGAACAGUACGCUUUUGCCUCGAGGAGCUCAGACCGGCCAGAGUGGACAAGAGUCGGAAAAUAAUGCGCCAGAUCACGCGUCUUCAUCUACUGCCAAUCAGCAAAUGGCCGACACUGCGUCGACUCCCAUCCAAGCGGCGGCGGCGUCCAGUAUAGCUUAA